AUGGAUGAUAUGAACUUCAAGAACUUUUCGGCGAAUGCUCCCUUUCUUUUGACGGCUAUUGAUCACAACAUGUACCUCAACACAACUCCUUCAGCCGAACUUUCACCCUGGACGGCAAUGCCAGGAUGGAAGAUUGAAAAUACUUUCUUUGACUGGAUGCACAUUGUGUUGCUGGGGAUUGCAAGAGAUGUGGUUGCUGCCGCUAUCAAGCUGAUGGCAAUGCGGGGUGUGAUUUCCAUGACGAAUUUGCGCCUAGAGCUCAAGAGCCUUACAGCCUGGAUCAAGAAGGAGCGCAAGAGCGAGACUGGGGUUUCCUGCUCUUUGCCUGCAAUGACACCUGCGAACACGGGCUUGGAGUCCUGGAGUGAAUAUCCGGAAAUGGGGAGCAGCUUCAAAGCUGCACAGAUGAAGGUCAUGGUGUGGGGCAUGGCAAGGAAGCUUCAGAUGGUGUUGCAGAAUGAUGAGGAGUUGCUGCAGAUGGCAGUAGUGGUACGAGCACUCAAUAAGGCCCAACGAUUGUUGGACAACUCCGACUUAUUGAUGACCGAGCAGGAUUCUACAAGGUUCAACGGGCUGGUUCAAUUGCACCUGCGGACGUGGCAGCGGCUGGCUUUGAAGUUUGAGGCCUUGGGCAUCGCUUUGUGCAAAAUCCGUCCCAAACACCAUUAUCUUCAACACAUUGGUCUGUAUGUGGCAUCGACACGAGUGAACGUGCGUAUACAUCAAAACUUCAAUUCAGAAUCGUACAUGGGGAAGAUGAAAAAGAUCGCUGUGAAGUGCCAUUCGGUUUCGAUGAUGCUGCGUGUACAACAGCGCUAUGUGCUGUACCUGGCUUUGUCAUGGGAGCGAGCAAAAAGAGCAUCUACUGGACCCGGUGCUGCACUUACUGGAAAGGAGACUCUCGAAGAGCUGUUGCUGUGCGACGACAACAGAAGACCUUUAAGCAGCUCUAGCGCCGAAUAUGCAAAGAGACGAUGCAUCAUGGGCAUUUAA